UAAGCUGGAAACGCUUUCGACACGUCUCUGUUGUGCUCACAACGAUGGAAGACUACGAACCUUUGCUAGUGGAAACAACAGUCAUCAAGUCAUCUGAAACCGAAUCAAUCAGACCGAUCACGGUCUACCAAGCACUGCAGGCGGAACGCCUACCCAACGAUGUUCAGUUCUCGCUUGGCGGGGCCAAAUUCGAUAAGGUCCUGCUGGUCACCCAUGCCAUGUUACGAGAUACCAGUGAUGCUCGAGGCGCUUAUGACCUCGAUGAUGGUACUGGGAUGAUAUAUGGGUCAUGGGUUAACAAAGCAGGACUGGAUCAUGCCAUGUUCUCGGCCAUGAUACAUCAAUUCGACAACAGUCUGGCUUGUGUCAUGGGCAAUAUUGUCCAGCGUGGCCAGCGUAAAAUGGUCAAUAUUGAGUCCAUGGUUGGGGCAGGCUAUCACCAGGCUAUGUAUCACGCUCUCGACUGCAUGAGGACAAGUUUGAUGAUUGAGAAGCACAAAGGACAAGCUCACAAUACAGACGAGAUGCUUGUCGUCCAAGAACUCAAAGAGGAUGUGGAAGACUCGAUAGCAGCCGACUCACGGGCAUUCGAACAAUCUUAUCGUUCAUUUUCAUUUUUUGAUCUGCCCCACAAUGAUGAAGGUAGAAAUGUCAGCUCCCCUCAGACUCUUGCUAGGCCGUUUCUGCAGUAUGGCGAUCAUAGUGAAGGUCUGAGUUCCGCGUCAACCUCAAAGCAAUCUGCAUCCCAACUUCCUGCACUACCUCUCGCACUUAAGCGUGAACCACCUCAUUCUUCCAUUGUUCGUGUGGCCCAUCCUUGCACAGUCACGCGAACACCGAGCCCCCUUUCUUCCUUUGGCUCAUCGCUCCAAAUCAGUUCUCAUUAUACUCCACAAUAUUACAGCCAGCUAGCUCAAUUGACAGCAACACAACUCGCUAUCGUGUCCAUCCUCAAUCAACCCAAGGCUGAUGAAAUGUAUGGGAUUCAGAUGCUUGAUGUGUACAAACGCGUGAGACAGGUAAUCAAGACCACUGAGGAAGAAUUCAGCACCGACAUAGAGUGGCUUCUUGAAGAAAUAUACAUAUUCAGCCCACUCGAUGAUGAUCGCAUUGCGCUCACGCCUCGUGCAUCAGUUUAGUUUCACCAUUUGUACAAAUCACCUCAUCCAAAAUUAUUCAGGAAUGAGACAUUGGGAACCCUGGUAUUCAAGUUGUGUAGUUGCGAAGUUUGUGCAAAGUCUACUUUGAUUUAGAUAGAUUGUUUUUGGUACGCGCUUGGACGGAAAAGGCAACUCCGAAGCACCGGUGUAGUACUUUCAGCU